GACGUUUUCACGUGAGCCGUCUUUUUUGCAACCCUAGCUCCGCCAAGGUCUCGGCAGCGAGAGAGAGAGAGAGAGAGAGAGAGAGAGAGAGAGUGAGUGAUGAUGGCUGCCCAGAAGCUCUCCAGUUCGUUGCUGCAACGAAGAGAGCUCUUCCUGCGAGUUCUGCCAUCCAGCCCUGGCCUUCGCCACUUCGAUCGCCAUAUCCAUUUUGCAGGUAAUGACGGAGGUGAUACAAAAAGUGACAAUUCUUCUGAGAGUGCAGAUGAUUUUGAAAGACGCGUAUUUAGUGGCACAGAUGACAGUUCAAAUUUCAAUUCUUUCUAUCGAAAACUUGAUAAGCAUGAAAAGUUCGUUGGAACAUCUGGCACUGGAUUCAAUAUGAAUGAUCGUGGUCAGUUUCGAUCCAUGGAUGGAUUGAGUGAAAGCGUUGAUACAUUAUCAGAUGGUAUGGAUUCAAAGUUGAAGAAAGCUGCUCAGACAUUUGUUGUCAGUGAUGAGAUACAGAAUGAGGAUUACUCAUUCAGACCUGAUAUGACAUUUAGACCUGGGUCAACUUAUACUGCCAGAGAUCUUGACCUAACAAAACCAGGGAUUCCAAAACAAUUCAAACCUCCUCAAUUUGAAACAACCACAGAGGAGGUUUUGAAGAAAGCUGAUUUCAGGAAUGUGAGAUUCCUUCAAAAUUUCCUCACUGAAGCUGGAAUUAUUAUCAAAAGAAGCCAGACUCGCAUAAGUGCAAAAGCUCAGAGGAAGGUUGCAAGGGAGAUCAAGACGGCUCGUGCGUUUGGUCUAAUGCCAUUCACAACAAUGGGCACAAAACCGUUUUCCUUUGGAAGGUCCAUGGAUCCGCAAUAUUUGAUGAGUGAAGACUAUGUGGUGUUCAAUAACAAUAUGCAAGAUGCUGCUCGGGAGCCGCCAUUGGAAGAAAUCUGACCCAGCUCCAAGAAAUUUGCUCUUCAGGAUGUGUUUUUGCCUUCUAUGCCUCUUUGAUGUUGUUUCUUUUUGUUUCUUAAUUAUAGAAUUUCUAAAUUUUCUGAACUUCAAAUGAGUUGGCUUUAUGGUUUUGGGUUUUAUAGAUAGAGCUGUAUAAUUUUCUAGAAUUUUCGUAAAUUAUUAUGUCUUAGUUUUGACGUUUGAA